AUGGAAUUUUCUGAGAAUUUGAAGCAAUUUUUUGAAACUUAUGAUGAACCUAUUCUUUUUUUAGAAUCAGAUCAUGGUGAAAUUAAUGAGGAUUUAUACUCUGAUAAAGAAUCAGAGAGUAUAAGUAACGAAAAUACUGAAUCUAAGAAUUCUAAUAAAUCUUUUACAAUAGCUGUAAAAGACUUUGUUGAUCAACUUCUAAAGUGUUGUAAAUAUGAAAAAAAUUGUA